AAAAAAAAAAAAAAAAAAAAAGACCUUCAACCAGUAGGUAACUUUGAACAACCUUAGUUCACAGUGUUCUCUCCCCUGGAAAAUGAGUGGUUGGAUUAGAUAAUGUCAAAAGUCCCUUACAACUAUAGCAUCCUCAUAGUCCAUGCUUCUGGCUUGCUUUCUGCUUUCAUUUUAAGACUUUGUCCAAUGACUUGUAAUAUCAACCGUGGACUAAAUACAUGCUCAGAACAUUACAUAUUGAAAUGUAGCUCAUGUAUGUUAAAAGAAAUUAUAAGGAUCUCAUAGAACAGGUACACUGUCUGGAGUCAAGUGUCUUCAGCAGUUUCAAAAGGCCCAAAAGUAUCAGGAAAUUAUAGAACAAGCAUUUUCAAGACAACAGAUUAUUGGCAUACCUGGAGGAAAAGAAAUAUAAAGCAUAAUCCUAAAGGUUUGGUAUCAUUUCAGACCAUAUGAAAUUAAAAUACAGUAACUUAGAGUUUACAUAAAUAUCUUGAAUGCAAGUCAUCGAUUAUGGCAAAACAAACAUAAAUAAGAAAUGAUUUUCCAAAGAGUGAUUAAUUAGUGCAUGUCACAAGUAAUUGUUGAAAGUGAAUAAUGCUAUAGAUUCUCUCUGCAGUCUAAUAGUCCCUGCAGCAGAGUGUUAUGCCUUAGAGAAAAGAAUUCUGGUGUUUUCAAUUCAAUUGACCAUAAAACCUAAGAGGAUUGGAGUUUCUCUUACCAUUGUUGCUUUUAAGAUUUAAGGGACUCAAACAUGUAUGUGCCAAUGGGGAAGAAUAAGAGAGUGAUAAAACAUUAGCAUUGUACAACUCCAAAGUAAACUGCUUAUUGGGCAUUAUUGAUACAUUCUACCAAAUGCUCUUGCUACAGUCUUUUCUGGUCUCCCUUAUCCUUUCUUAAAUGAGUACCUCUGCACAUGAUUAGAAGUUGUUCUUUGCCAACUCUUCAGCAUAUAUCCUUUAUGGUCUUCAAACACAAAACCCAAAUGUCACUUCCCAGAAUCUAGCAUGGUUCACAUUUUCAAAACUGGAAUAGAGAGAAAUGUAUGGAAGGUAUCACUCACUCCUCCUGAGCAUGAUAAAAUACUCACUUCCAAAAUCUGGCUCACAAUUAUGUGAGUCAUAACAAUAAACAAGAAAAUUAUUAUAUUUUCUUCUAAGACUUAAGAAGUUAAUUCGAAACUUCUGCCUUCUUCAGUUUGUGCAUUUCUCCUUAGUUAAUCUUACUAGGUAUAUGAUUUUAUGUAUUUUAUAAGAACAGCCCUUUUAUUGGCACAGUGUAGAAUGAGACAAACUUGAGUUUGGAUCCUCACUGGCUUUGUGACUUGGGCAAGCCAUUUAAUUUCUUUGAGACCAUAGGGAGCUAUAAUAAUAUCAACCUUGAGGGACUAUAAUGAAAAAUUGGAUAUUUCAUGGAACAUAUUUAGUUGUUGUCACCUCAUAGGAUUUAAUGUAUAGAAUGUAAGAGCAGGAGUUGCCAGAAGAGUAUCAGCAGUUGUAGUAGCCUCAGCUGUAGGCAUAGCAUAGUGAAUUUUAGAUCUACGUUUAACAUUUAAGGAGAACAUAAACAAGAUUGGAAUCCUCUCAUAUUCAUCAAUGGUUAGCUCAAAAGACUCAUCCCAAAAAGUAAGGAGUAUCUCUAAUGAAACCUGGUUGCUAUGAAUAUGCUAUUCAGUGUGUCUGGGGGACAAUUUAAUGUUCAGCUCUUCUAUGGACAUAACAAAAAGAUACAUAAUAUCAAUACUUAUUCAUGAAGUGACUAUGUUACUUAACAAGGUCUGUUUUAAAGACAGAAUUUUGAUAAGAUCCUAUCUUCACCUUCAAGAAAAUAUAAUAGUGCUAUUGUACUGGCCAGUCAUACACAGCAUGAAAAACAGACAGAGAGAAAAAUUAGGUUGCAGCAUGUCAACAGUAAUUUUUGUCCAGCACAAGUGAUGAUUGUCUUAUAUUUGUUUUUAAAUCCCUAAACAUUUUCCUCAAGUCAUAGGUUACAAAAUAUUUUUUAAAAGCAUUGCAGAUAUACUUUAUAAUUUUCAGAAUUUUCUCACACAGAGUAUACCAGAUCCUUCUUAUAUGAAAUCAAUCAUUCCAUAAGCAUCUCACUUAAAAGUGAGAUGUCAAAUGUGCUGAGCCUUAUUUAUUAGUUCAUAACUUUUAAAUCCAAGUUAAAGCCCAGAUGCUAGAUGGGGCUAUAGGAAGACUAUUUUUAGAAAGUAAUACUUAAACGUAUAGCUGCUAGAAUAACUUUGGGCCACUACUUAAAUAUGAAGUAUAUUAGUUUUUUCCAUACUAACUUCAAAAACGGGCAGCAACAAGAAGAAAAAUGUGUGGUUAGUUCAGUUACAUAUAUAAAACAGUAUUGAACCAAAAAUGAGCAUUUUUUCAUUUUAACUGUCUCUUUCAAACCCUGGCUUCUGCUUUUCUUUAUGAGCUUGUGUCUUAUUGUAGACACAUAGGAUCAAUGGACUGCCAGAUGUUUAGGUCUUUCAUUUUGCAUCCCUAACAGGCCAUGGAAAUGAUCUUAUAAUUCAUCAAGCUAUGAGAAUUUGUAAAAUACUAAAAUGGUCAAAACAACCAAUUUGGAGUUAUCUUGGACUCCUUUGCCUACCUGAGAUCAGUAUUACCAUUUACUAUAAUUUUCUGAAGAUUUCUCUUGACAAGUGAAUCCCAAUUUUUCAUCUAAAACAUUAAUGUUUUUCUGGUUAAUUACACUAGUUUUAUUCUGUCUAUUGAAAGCCACUAACCUCAUAGAGAAAAAUAAGUUAAGAUGCAAUAAACUUUGUAAUACACAAUUGGUUAGUAUUUUUAAAAAAAUUUUGUGGGUACAUAGUAGGUGUAUAUAUGUAUGGGUUACAUGAGAUACUUUAAUACAGGCAUGUAAUGGAUAAUAUCCGUGUUUUAUUUUUAUCACUUGUUUAUUUUGACAUAAAUUGCAAAAAAAAAAAAAAAACUAUAAUAAACAUUUUAAAAUGUUGCCUUCCAUGUAAAAUAUGCUGCAUGUAAAAAAGGAAAAAGAAGAGAAAAUGAAGGGAGAAAGACAAUAAAUAGAAACAAAAUCAAGUAAGAGGAAAAUGAUUUAAAAAAAUUACCCAUAUUAAAACAUAUAAAAAAAGAGAUGAGAAGGGAAGUAGUAAAAAUAAAUUUAUCUGCACAAGAUACAUACAUUAAAUAAUGGCCAACUUUUUAAUUCAUUUAUCAGAUAUUUUUAAGGUCUACUAUUUGUAAGAAACUGUGUUUUAGCCACAGAGAAUAGUGAGUAUAAUAAGGAUCUUGUCCACCUUGCUUUCAGGAUUUACUUACAGAGAUUAUCCAUGUUCUUAUGUAUCAAUAGUAUAUGGAAGACACUGAUUAAUGCCAUAAGAGAGGAGAAGGAGAGAUUAUUUUCAACAGGAAGAGAAUAAAGAAGAUCACACUGGGUUGUGAAAUGUCUAGAAGAUUUCUCAAAGUCCUUUUCGGGACUGUUCCAUCUUAGGGGUGACAAUGUCAAGGAUAGAUGUUGUAAGGAUAAGAAAAAUGUGGAACACAUGACAACCCAUAAAAGAUACUUGUAUGGAUUUAUGGAUUAACAUCAUAAAUAUUGUUAUGAUAAUCACCAUUUAGAAAAGCAAAAGUCAUUUUGACUAUGUUCAAAAUAAAAUAUACUUGCUUUAAAGUAUAUAAUUUAAGAUAAUUUUGUCGGUGUCAUCAGUGUGUAGAUAAAAUAAUGUUUCAUUUCGAAGAUACUACCAAACUUCCUUUUUCUAAGUAAUUCUACAGAAGUCGAGCUAAUAUCCAUAAGAUUCAACUUCAAUGUAUGUGAUUGAGAACGAAAUAAACUAACGAAUAAAAUGGUAACUUCUGAUCUAACAGUUCUGGAACAGGUCAGGAUUAUCUGAAUGGAGCUAAAGAUGGGAGAAAAACUGUGAGAUCCCUGUGCCCUGAUCACAUGCAUCCUGUUAAAAAAGAUGCCUGGAGACCCUAUUUUCCCAACAUUCUUUUAGACAAAGGACUAAGUAACAACUCCAGUAGAGUCAUCUUCUGGCCCAGAAAUCUUUUGAAACUUGGCACGGUAUUCAAAAGUCCGUGGAAAGAAAAAACCUUGUCCUGACUUCAGCUUCCAACUGCAAAGACAGACUUGGUCCUUUUCAACGGUUUUCACAGAUCCAGUGACCCACACUCUGAAGACAGAAUUAGCAAACUUUCAAAAACACCUGGAAAAAUGAAGGUUUGGGUAAAAAUUCUAUCUGGAGUUGCCACCUCUGCUGUGCUUGCUUUAUUGGUGAUGUGCAUUGUCUUACGUCCUUCAAGAGUUCAUAACUCUGAAGAAAAUACAAUGACAGCACUCACACUGCAGGAUAUUUUAAAUGGGACAUUUUCUUAUAAAACAUUUUUUCCAAACUGGAUUUCAGGACAAGAAUAUCUACAUAAAUCUGCAGAAAACAAUAUAGUACUUUAUAAUAUUGAAACAGGACAGUCAUAUACCAUUUUGAGUAAUAGAACCAUGAAAAGUGUGAAUGCUUCAAGUUACGGCUUAUCACCUGAUCGGCAAUUUAUUUACCUAGAAAGUGAUUAUUCAAAGCUUUGGAGAUACUCUUACACAGCAACAUAUUACAUCUAUGACCUUAGCAAUGGAGAAUUUGUAAGAGGAAAUGAGCUUCCUCGUCCAAUUCAGUAUUUAUGCUGGUCGCCUGUUGGGAGUAAAUUAGCAUAUGUCUACAAAAACAAUAUCUAUUUGAAACAAAGACCAGGAGAUCCACCUUUUCAAAUAACAUUUAAUGGAAGAGAAAAUAAAAUAUUUAAUGGAAUCCCAGACUGGGUUUACGAAGAGGAAAUGCUUGCUACAAAAUAUGCUCUCUGGUGGUCUCCUAAUGGAAAAUUUUUGGCAUAUGUGGAAUUUAAUGAUACAGAUAUACCAGUUAUUGCCUAUUCCUAUUAUGGUGAUGGACAAUAUCCUAGAACAAUAAAUAUUCCAUACCCAAAGGCUGGAGCGAAGAAUCCUGUUGUUCGGGUAUUUAUUAUUGAUACCACUUACCCUGAAUAUGUAGGUCCCCAGGAAGUGCCUGUUCCGGCAAUGAUAGCCUCAAGUGACUAUUAUUUCAGUUGGCUCACCUGGGUUACUGAUGAACGCGUAUGUUUGCAGUGGCUAAAAAGAAUCCAGAAUGUUUCAGUCUUGUCUAUAUGUGAUUUCAGGGAAGACUGGCAGAUAUGGGAUUGUCCAAAGGCACAAGAGCAUAUAGAAGAAAGCAGAACUGGAUGGGCUGGUGGAUUCUUUGUUUCAACACCAGUUUUCAGCUAUGAUGCCAUUUCAUACUACAAAAUAUUUAGCGACAAGGAUGGCUACAAACAUAUUCACUAUAUCAAAGACACUGUGGAAAAUGCUAUUCAAAUUACAAGUGGCAAGUGGGAGGCCAUAAAUAUAUUCAGAGUAACACAGGAUUCACUGUUUUAUUCCAGCAAUGAAUUUGAAGAUUACCCUGGAAGAAGAAAUAUCUAUAGAAUUAGCAUUGGAAGCUAUCCUCCAAGCAAGAAGUGUGUUACUUGCCAUCUAAGGAAAGAAAGGUGCCAAUAUUACACAGCAAGUUUCAGCGACUACGCCAAGUACUAUGCACUUAUCUGCUAUGGCCCGGGCAUCCCCAUUUCUACCCUUCAUGAUGGACGCACUGAUCAAGAAAUUAAAAUCCUGGAAGAAAACAAGGAAUUGGAAGAUGCUCUGAAAAAUAUCCAGCUGCCUAAAGAGGAAAUUAAGAAGCUUGAAGUAGAUGAAAUUACUUUAUGGUACAAGAUGAUUCUUCCUCCUCAAUUUGACAGAUCAAAGAAGUAUCCCUUGCUAAUUCAAGUGUAUGGUGGUCCCUGCAGUCAGAGUGUAAGGUCUGUAUUUGCUGUUAAUUGGAUAUCUUAUCUUGCAAGUAAGGAAGGGAUGGUCAUUGCCUUGGUGGAUGGUCGAGGAACAGCUUUCCAAGGUGACAAAUUUCUGUAUGCAGUGUAUCGAAAGCUGGGUGUUUAUGAAGUUGAAGACCAGAUUACAGCUGUCAGAAAAUUCAUAGAAAUGGGUUUCAUUGAUGAAAAAAGGAUAGCCAUAUGGGGCUGGUCCUAUGGAGGAUACAUUUCAUCACUGGCCCUUGCAUCUGGAACUGGUCUUUUCAAAUGUGGGAUAGCAGUGGCUCCAGUCUCCAGCUGGGAAUAUUACGCGUCUAUCUACACAGAGAGAUUCAUGGGUCUCCCAACAAAGGAUGAUAAUCUUAAGCACUAUAAAAAUUCAACUGUGAUGGCAAGAGCAGAAUAUUUCAGAAAUGUAGACUAUCUUCUCAUCCACGGAACAGCAGAUGAUAAUGUGCACUUUCAAAACUCAGCACAGAUUGCUAAAGCUCUGGUUAAUGCACAAGUGGAUUUCCAAGCAAUGUGGUACUCUGACCAGAACCACGGGUUAUCCGGCCAGUCCACGAACCACUUAUACACCCACAUGACCCACUUCCUAAAGCAGUGUUUCUCUUUGUUGGACUAAAAACGAUGCAGAUGCAAGCCUGUAUCAGAAUCUGAAAACUUUAUAUAAAUGCUUCAGACCGUUUGCUUGUUUUAUUUUUUAUGUUGUAAAAUGCUGGCAUUAACAAACGAAUAUUGUUCUAAAGGCUGGUAAAAGAAAAAUGAUGAGGACUCAGAAGUUCAAGCUAAGUAUUGAUUACAUUUUCUGGUACUCUGUGAAAGAAGACGAAAGGGAGUCAUGCAUUUUUCUUUGAACACAGUGUUUUAUCACCUGUUUGUUUGAGGAAAAGUAGUAAAGUCAAAAGUUCAAGUGCUA